GGUUCAGAGUGCCAGCGCAGAAGAGGGAAGUUUGUCAUCCAGUGAAGACUAGUUUACUUGUAUAACUACGCAGCAUCGGACCGAGCUAAAACUUUGUUUCUGUCUUCUUUCAAGCGAUGGAGAGCAGGAUCAGACCCCUCGGCCUGGCGGGGCACACAGCCAACCCGCUCGGUAACUUGCAUAUACCACCUUCCCUCCUGCGCCCUCCACCUCUUUUUCUCAGGGCUUGUAACCCUGCGCUGGACAGGGGAUUCCCACGUACCCCAAAGUGUGCCAGAUGCAGGAACCACGGCGUGGUGUCUGCGCUGAAAGGUCACAAGCGCUUCUGUCGCUGGAGGGACUGCGUGUGCGCAAAGUGCACUCUGAUAGCGGAAAGGCAACGGGUGAUGGCCGCGCAGGUGGCACUGAGAAGGCAACAGGCUCAGGAGGAAAGCGAAGCCCGGGAACUCCGGCUCAUGUACCCCAGCUCAGGGGUUGGAGGGGAGGCAGGAAUCCCACAGGGAUCACUCUUAGACGCUGAAGUGCCAGCAUCUAACAGCAUCACUCCAGCAACUACCCGAUUUGAGGUUUUUGGAGCUCAGAAUCAAAAAGACGAUGAGAAACUCAGCAAAUACAACAUUUACAACGGGUUCAUAGGUCGAACCCUCUUUGCGCCCCAUAUUGAAAGGGUGACCUCUCCAAGAGACAAAAAAGAGUUGUCUCCAAGCAAGAACAGCACAUCUUCAAAUACUACUGACAGUGGAAGCCCAUCACCACUGUGCGACCGCUUCUCAGACCACACACAGAGUCCGCAGAGGUCACUUUCCUCCUCAGAUCCAGAGUCGGGUAGUGAGUCGGAGAAACCCAAAGACUACCCGACUACGGAGCGUGACCCCACUGACAUCAUGACCAAGAUCUUCCCUCAACAGAAACGGGACACCUUGGAGUCUAUGGUGAGAACGUGCAGAGGUGAUAUUGUAAAAUCCAUUGAGCUGGCGCUGAGCUCCAAAGAGAACAAACUUGACUCUGGUAGCAUAUCUCCGUCUACUCUCCCGGGCACACACAGGCCUUCUGUUGGACUGUCUGGUGCGGUCGGUGCUCUGGGGAGCAAGUCUGCCUUCUCCCCGAUCCACAUUCCACUGCCCCCCGGUGGGGACAGUCUGUAUGGGCUCAACCCCCGCCUCGGUGUGAGUCCCCUACGGCUGGCCUACUCCUCUGCAAGCGGCGGUAUGGCAAGUUUUAUGUCACCAUACAUGACAUCAGGACUGAUGCCAAUGUUGGCACUGCGUCCGCCAUUGGACUCUGCUUCUUUCCCGAAUGUGAUCCGAGACCUUUCUUACAUUCAGAGCAAGGAAUCUCUGUGCAAUGCAAGUCUUUACACACGAUUUAAUAAUGACAAAUGACAACGUUUAAAUGGAUUGAUGACAAAUGUCUUUAAUAAGUCAGCUAUUUUUGUAAAUGGGCUUCCAGAAUUACAUUUUUAAGUGCCUAAAAUCUAAUUAAUGUGCUGAUUAAACGACUGUGUAAUGACAAAAUUCAUUUAACUUCUUUGUUUUUGUGUUGUUUUGAUAAAAUUUGUGAAAAUCUUUAAUAAUAAAGUUUAAUAGUUU